ACCUACUAACCAACUAGACUAGUUGACAUCGAUCAAUAGACUAGUUUAUUAAAAUAAAGUCUGUUUAGAAGGAUGAAUUACAUGAAUUCGUAGUAGAAUGAAGAUGGAAGUCAUGGUACAUGAGUACAUGACUAUGGAAUAAGAAAAAGGCUCUUGGACUUUGAAAAUAGAGGUAGUUCAGGAUAAAAACUCUCAAUUUUUUCUUUUUAUUUUUUUAUUUACACAUGUUUAAAUGCCAAAAAAAACUCACUUUUUUUUUUUUUUACCUAUGUUAGAAUAUUUUUAGUUCAGUAAAAAUAAUUUCAGUUCGAUAAAAAUAAUUUCAAUUGAAAGAAUAGAGAGGAAGUGUUUCGGAACUUGUAUGUUGAUUGGAUGAAUCCUUGGUCAAAAUAGUAACACCAAUGGUCAGUUGGUUCAUCAUUCAUAAGAUUAGUUCAUGCCCUUUUUUUGUUUUUUGGGGAGGUCAGAAGCUUAAUAUAACAGAUAGUAUCUUCAAGGUUUGUUGCAGGGAGAAAAAUAAAAGAUGCAUGUGUGUGUAACACACAACAGGCAUGUUACUACUCACACUACUCAUGCAUUUACUUCUUAACACCUCUAUAUAUUUACCCAAAUCGUAGCACCAUGAGUAAGACGUCCAUCUUAAUCUAAACCUAGAAGCACAAACAAGUAGAAGAAUGGCAAUAUCUUCCAAAAAUUUCCUCACUCAAAGCACUACUGCUACAUUGCUCUUCCUCAUCUCCUUCCUUACAUUAAGCCAAUCACAAUUAACUCCGCCUAGUCCUUCAACCCCCACCAUGGCAGAGUGUGGACCACGCCUCCUUGUACUGGCUCCGUGUGCCCCAUUUGUGCAGGGGCAGUCUCCAGGGCCAAGUGUUCAGUGCUGUAAUAACCUCCUACAAGUGUACAAUCUGGAGCGAGGUUGCCUCUGCCUCUUUCUCAACGGCACUGCCUUGGCCUCUCUCCCUAUCAACAACACCCUCGCUCUUCAGUUGCCUGGCCUCUGCAGUCCACAGAUUGACCCUUCGACUUGCUCAGCUUCAGGAGGAUCUCCAUCUCCUACAAUAGCAGCAGCUCCAACAUCACCAAAUUCUCCGGCUACACUCACAAGGAAUCCAACUGCUGAUGAUGCAGGAGCUCCAACCAUAACUAUUGCACCAAGGCCAAGCACUGCCAGAUUUGGGUUGAAGAAUAGCUCAGCUUACAAGUUGGCCAGCUGUCAAUGGGGAAUCGCAGUAGCAAUGAUCUUUGUAUUGUUAGAAAAGUUACUCUGAUGAGAUUAGUCACAGAAGAAUUGUAGGUUUAUUCAAUUACGACCGCAGGUCAAUGAAGUAACCGAUGAUAUACUGAUUAGUAGUUUAUUUACAGCUAGGGAGAAUUUCGCAAGACAGUAUUUCUUUGUCCAUUGUAUGGUUUCAUCCUAUUUCAGUAAUCCUUUAUUUACAUA